AUGCUGGGGUUUGCCCUUGGAUUUCGCCUUGGAUUUCGUCGAUCCUUGCAUCUGGCACCUCCCUUUCUCCUCGAUGAUUAUCUCCCUCGGUACAUGACGCUGAGUUCCCGCGAUGCCGCCAAGAAGCGCUCAUUAGCCUACUCGCACCUGCGCAACUGCAAUCUGUGCCCGCGAGAAUGCGGUGUCAACCGUUACGAGACCACCGGCAUGUGCCUCAUUGGAGAGAAGGCCAAAGUCAAUGUAAUCGCUCCCCACUUUGGCGAAGAGCCUUGCAUCCAGGGACAUAACGGCAGUGGCGCUGUAUUCAUGAGUGGGUGUAACUUGCGGUGUGUCUUUUGCCAGAACUUUGACAUUUCUCACCAACGCAACGGCAUGGAUUUGGCUCCGGACGAGCUGGGUGAUUGGUACGUCAAGUUGCAGGACGUAGGCGGCGUCCACAACAUCAACAUUGUCACUCCAGAGCAUGUGGUCCCGCAGGUGGCUUUGAGCAUCCUGCAUGCUAGGGAUAACGGACUAAAGGUGCCCAUCAUCUACAAUACGUCCAGCUUUGACUCCCCCGCAUCGCUGCAGCUAAUGGAUGGGUUGGUGGACAUUUACCUGGCUGAUUUCAAGGUGUGGGAGACUAGCACGUCCAAGAGGCUCCUCAAAGCCGACGACUACGCUACUACUGCCAGGGAGAGUAUCAAAGCCAUGCACGCGCAAGUGGGCGACCUGUGCUUUACGGGCGAUGGCAUCGCUAAGAAAGGGCUGUUGGUGAGACACCUGGUGAUGCCUGGCAGGGAAGCAGAAGGAGCCGAGAUAAUGAAGUUCCUGGCCAACGAAGUCUCAACCGACUGUUUUGUCAACAUCAUGGAGCAGUACCACCCUGACGCUCAUGUCGGCAAGACGAAGCGAGGCAAGGCCAAAGGCGGCGAGAGAGACGAAGUACGGUAUGCUGAUCUCAACCGCCCCGUCACCGACAACGAGGUCUCGUCGAUCCGAAAAGCUGCCACCGAUGCUGGGCUCUGGCGGUUCAACGACCCACCCAAACACGAUGGGUUUGCCAUCUGA